AUGGCUCGGGUUGCCCUGUUUCUCUGCAUCGGAGUAGCCCUGGUCGAGGCAAGAGACUCCCGCAACCAGUUCACGGAGUUCUUCACAACAUUCAACGGCUGGUACUAUGGAGAGGGUAAUAGUGAAAAAUGCGAGCCGGCUCAUCAGAACUACACUUCGGCCGCGGAGAUUCCUGGCCAGCACCGCUGGGCUUGGGAACUAGUUGACUGCAUUCUCGGGAUCACCAGCGAAGCCCAGAAAGCGGAGUUUGCUUUGUCCGCAACACUACUGACUGUUCUUCCCGUUGGGCUGGCGCAGAUCCGGCCAGGGCUGACUGAGACCGGCUGUCUUGCUAUGCGCAGGCCAUUCCUGGCUCUGAUGCUUGAGUUUGGCGUGCCCUCGCCGAAUCCAAUUACAGGCACCAUCAACGGGAGAAAGGUCAGAAAGCUCGGCACUUCGAGGCCUCUCAAGCAGCUUGAAACUUUCAGAUCUUUUCGAUUUAUGUUCUCGCUGCUGGAGUAUAUCCUUGGGAUGGGAGCCACGGUGAACUGUAUUUACCAAAUAUACCGCCUGUGCUACAAGGCCAUAGCCCUUGCGCCCAUCGCAGUAUUCAUGCCAGGCUUGUCUGAGACGGCUGUAGUGCUGGCAUGGAUGGGCCUGCUCCUCCCAAUCCAUUAUCUAGGCGUCCUCGCUUUCGCCUACACAUAUCCCGUGGCAGGGCCGAGACGAUCUCUAAAGCAGUGGGUUAUGGACGAACUGACACCUUGCUACUACGGCCGACUAAUCAAACAGGCGGCUUGGGAAGGGCUGCCUGGAAUUUUUUACCAUUUGGUCGCAUGCCUCCACAUCAUGGUUGGGACGGUAUUACUAGGUAGCGUGUUCUUUAUCACAUUGGCCGGUGUGCUUCCUGUGAUUGAAUCAUUCGUGGGCGCUGCUCUUGCAAGUUGCAACAAGAGUAGUCGCAUCGAUCAAGUUUGA